AUGUUUACUUUACUGAGCGGGAAAAGUUCAGAAGCCGAGAGAAGAGAGAGAGGGGUUAACAAAGGAGAUGCAAGUAGAAACUUGUUUGAAUCAAAUUUCCAAAACUUCAUUGCGGAUGAACUGCAUUUUAGCUCGUGCAAGCUGCUGCCAGAUAAUCUGAAUCAUCUUUUAAGAGUAUCAGUUCCACAGCGCCAUUUGAGUGGUGAAGGUUCUCAUCGUCAUAUAUUGUCAACUAUCAAAUUCCACAUGCAGCCAGAUUCCAUGUCUCAGCUAUGUACUCACUUUUGUAAAGUUAUCAUUAUUGAGAGACUGCCGUCAGGAGUCUUUGCUGACCCAUUUGAGCUCCAACAACUGCUCGAGCGUGGUGUAUUUGCUGAUGUAGCUGUUUUUGGAGAUACAAAUUUGGAAUUGCCUUCAGUCCUUUCCAAUCGGUCAGCUGUUGAGAUUCACAUGAAUGUUGGUCCCACUUCCUUGUUGAGACAGAAACUGGAAAUCAGUGUAGACCUUCCAUUGCAUGCGCGAUAUCCGCCCCUGGAUGAUAGUGGGUAUUCAAAAGUGGAAUUUGGUGAACCAGAUUUAUUCCUAAGCUGCAGCAUGGAAGGAAAUGGGGACAACGAGAGCUGCUUGCUUAUGCCAACCAAUGACAGGACAGGAUCUAGAGCCGGUGAUGUUGUGUGGAGAAUACCUUCUGGAAUAAGAGCACAUACUGCCAUUGUAUCUGCUGUUACUUUUCUAGCAGCCUCUAUAUCUACUAUUUUAAUUGUCGUAACAUCCAUCUUUUAUUCUGAUAGUAAAUCGUGCAACAAUUUGAAAGAAUCAUAG